UCUCCAGUUAUUGGUUAAAGGGGUAUAUUAGAGGAGACUGUCCUCCACUUGUCUCACCUUUCCUAUCAGCCCCACUAGCCUCUGGCACAAUGAAGUGGGUAACCUUCCUCUUCCUUCUUUUUGUCUCUGGCUCUGCUUUUUCCAGGGGUGUGUUUCGCCGAGAAGCACACAAGAGUGAGAUUGCUCAUCGGUUUAAAGAUUUGGGAGAAGAUUAUUUCAAAGGCCUAGUCCUGAUUACCUUUUCCCAGUAUCUCCAGAAAUGCUCAUAUGAAGAACAUGUCAAAUUAACAAAGGAAGUAACUGAGUUUGCAAAAACAUGUGUUGCUGAUGAGUCUGCUGCAAACUGUGACAAGUCACUUCACACCCUUUUCGGAGAUAAGUUGUGCGCUGUUCCAACUCUCCGUGACACCUAUGGUGAGCUGGCUGACUGCUGCACAAAACAAGAGCCUGAGAGGAACGAAUGUUUCCUACAACACAAGGAUGACAACCCCAACCUACCCGCCUUCACAAGGCUAGCGGCUGAGUCUAUGUGCACUGCCUUUCAGGAAAACCCUACUUCAUUUAUGGGACACUAUUUGUAUGAGGUUGCCAGAAGACAUCCAUUCUUCUAUGCCCCAGAACUCCUUUACUAUGCUGAGAAGUACAGUGCAGUUCUGACUGAAUGCUGUGCUGCAGCUGACAAAGAUGCCUGCAUGACCCCAAAGCUUGAUGACCUGAAAGACAAAGCGUUGACUUCAUCUGCCCGCCAGAGACUGAAGUGUGCCAGCCUGCAGAGGUUUGGAGAGAGAGCUUUCAAAGCAUGGGCGGUCGCUCGUAUGAGUCAGACAUUCCCCAAAGCUGACUUCGCAGAAAUUUCCAAACUGGCAACAGACCUUACCAAAGUCACCCAGGAGUGCUGCCACGGCGACCUGCUGGAAUGCGCAGAUGACAGGGUGGAGCUUGCCAAAUACAUGUGUGAAAACCAUGCAUCUAUCUCCAGCAAACUGCAGCCUUGCUGUGACAAACCACUGUUGCAGAAAUCCCAGUGUCUUGCCGAGGUCGAACAUGACGACAAGCCUGCUGAUCUGACCUCGAUGGCUGCUGAUUUUGUUGAGGAUAAGGAAGUGUGCAAGAACUAUGCUGAGGCCAAAGAUGUCUUCCUGGGCUCGUUUUUGCAUGAAUAUUCAAGACGCCACCCUGAAUACUCUGUUAGCUUGUUGCUGAGACUUGCCAAGAAAUACGAAGCCACCCUGGAAAAGUGCUGUGCUGAAGCUGAUCCUCCUGCAUGCUACGGUCACGUGUUUGAGGAAUUUCAGCCUCUUGUGGAGGAGCCUAAGAACUUAGUCAAAUCCAACUGCGAUCUUUAUGAGAAGCUUGGGGAGUAUGGCUUCCAAAAUGCCAUUCUAGUUCGUUACACCCAGAAGGCACCUCAGGUGUCAACUCCGACUCUCGUGGAAGCCGCAAGACACCUAGGCAAAGUGGGUACCAAGUGCUGUGGCCUUGCUGAGGAAAAGAAACUGCCUUGUGUGGAAGAAUAUCUGUCUGCAAUCCUGAACCGUGUGUGUGUGCUGCAUGAGAAGACCCCCGUGAGUGAGCAGGUCACCAAGUGCUGUUCUGGAUCCCUGGUGGACCGUCGGCCAUGCUUCUCUGCACUGCCGGUUGAUGAGACAUACGUCCCCAAAGAGUUCAAAGCCGAGACUUUCACCUUCCAUGCUGACAUGUGCACACUUCCAGAGAAGGAGAAACAGUUAAAGAAACAAACGGCACUUGCUGAGCUGGUGAAACACAAGCCCAAGGCUACAGAGGCACAGUUGAAGACUGUGAUGGAUGAAUUUUCAGCUUUCCUGGAUAAGUGCUGCCAGGCUGAGGACAAGGAAACCUGCUUCUCUGACGAGGGUGCAAAACUUGUUGCUGCAAGCCAAGCUGCCUUAGCCUAAACACAUCACAGCCACAAGCAUCUCAGUCUACCCUUAGACAACAAGAGACAUGAAGACUCAGGACUCAUCUUUUCUGUUGGUAUAAAGUCAACACUCUAAGGAACACAAAUUUCUUUAAACGUUUGACCUCUUUUCUCUGUACUGCAAUUAAUAAAAAAAUAAAA